AUGGAUUAUAAACAUCUUGAAGGAAUUUAGACUUACUUUCAUAAACAGAAUUUGCAUCUGUGUAAAAAUUCAGAUUCAAAUUCGUCUAAUGACUACAAAAUACUUGAAAGAGAUACCAUUAAUUUACUUUCAUACAAUGUAUUCUAAGUACCUAGAGUUGCAUCAUUGUUUCAUCCUGCUCCUCAUCCAGAGGAGAGAUUACUUGGACUGACCAAUAUAUUAAAAGAUUAUGAUAUACUUUGCUUCCAGGAAUGCUGGGGAUUUUGCUAAGAGAGAAAGGAAAAGAUUAUACUAAUGGCUUAGAAAGCAGGAUAUUUCUUUUUCAGAGAAUCUCCUGCCCCUGGUCUAUUAACCUCAUUCAUAGGCGAUGGAGAUGCUCUUACUGAGAGAGGCACUCUUUAUGUUAAAAUCAAACUGGGUUUGGACAAUUAUGUGAAUAUCUUUAAUUUGCACACUAAUUCCUCAACUGCCUUUCCCUUUCCAAGAAUCAUGAAAUAAACAGUUGAAUGCAGACAAGACUAGAUAAAGCAAAUGAUCAAUUUUGUAGACUCAGUCAUUUCAAAGGAUAACAUGAGAGAUGCCAAUGCCUCGAACAUGUAUUUAAUUGUAGGGGAUUUCAAUCUCUCAGCUAUCCCUAUUGAUCAAAAAUUGAAAGAUAUGAUCUUGAAAUUCAGACCUGAUUAUGGGUACCUUGUGGAUAUUUUCGACGGAGAAUUCAAUCAAAUGAUGACAUAUAUGACUAAGCAAGAUGUAUAAAUAGAAGUCAACGAAGAUACAGAUCGCUAUGCUAAUAUAUAGUAUGCAAACAUGAAUGUUAGAGACAAUGAAAAUAUACAUAAAGUAAUUAACUAUGGCUAUCUGCAUAAUGACAAUUAGCACCCAGGGACAAUGGUUGGUGGCCAGCCUGUUUCAAGAGUUAAUAAGAGCAAGGGAGGCUUGAACAUGAAUGGCUAGACUUUUAAGAUGUGCAUCGACUAUAUCAUUGAGAAGAGAAUAUUGUUUAAUGGUCAAGAAAAAUCGGCCAGAGCUCAUGUGGUGGAGGGUAGUUGCAAAGUAAUCGAAUUUUCAAAUAAUGAUUAAAAGUUACCCUAUAAUAAACUGAGUGAUCAUUUUGGGUUAUGUCUAGAGAUAAGAGUUGAUUAAGAUGAAAAUGCUAUUGGCUAAAAAACUAUUUGA